AUGUGGCAGCAGCCUUGGAAGAUAGAAACGGGAGAAGAAUCCAUAUCUGGAAGGGAAUACUUCAGUAUGAGGAUUGGGGUGAUUGCAGUGUUACUGCUUGUGUUACUUUUUCGCUCUGUAUGCAAGAGACAUUCUAUUAAUUGCAACAUAUCUGAGGAUCCACUUCCUAUACCGCACCAGUUUUCUCAGCCAGGAAAUACUAUCGUUGGUGCAAUAGUCACUCAAGCCUUUAUGUUCCAGAAUGAACUUUCUUUCAUGGAACAACCUGCUCGGAUGUUGGUUGAUGAAGUUGUUUCUGUGCCAAAGGUAUAUCAGCAAAUCCUUGCCUUGGUGUUUGCUGUGAAAGAAAUCAACAAGAGCACCAAGCUCUUACCAAACAUCACACUGGGUUUCCAGAUUCUCAACAAUUACCUCACUGCAAGGAUAACCUAUAAGGCAACCAUGAGCCUGCUUUGUACAUACCAAAGUUUUGUCCCCAACUGUUCCUGUGAUCCAAAGAAAAAGCUAAUUGCUGCCAUUGGAGGGAGUUUGACAGAAGCCUCAUCCAUCAUGGCCACCAUUCUUGCCAACUACAAGAUUCCACAGCUUGCUUAUGGAUCAUUUUCCCCAAUCCAUGGUGAGACAAAUAACUUUCCAUUCUUGUACCAAAUGGUCCCAAAUGAAGUACAUCAGUACACUGGGGUUAUCCGAUUACUUCAGUAUUUUGAAUGGACAUGGAUUGGGCUCUUGGUUGUGGAUGAUGACUAUGGGGACAUGUUUUUGCAGAGAAUGGUGGGAAUUUGCAUCGUGUGGCUGAGUACCUCUCCUCCUUUCCCAGAUACAGCUCUGCACUCACGGAAGGAGGAGAUCAUACUGGAAUGCAACGAGGGCUCAGUGAUCAUGUUUUACUGUGUCCUGGGUUAUAUGGGUUUCCUGGCUAGUGUCAGCUUUCAUAUGGCUUUCCAAGCCAGGAAGUUGCCCAACAGUUUCAAUGAGGCCAAGUUUAUCACUUUCAGCAUGUUGGUCUUUGCAGCUUCUGAGCCAAAGUUGUAUCAGCAAAUCCUUUCUUUGGUGUUUGCUGUCAAAGAGAUCAACAGGAAUCCUGAGCUAUUACCAAACAUCACAUUGGGUUUCCACAUUGUGAACAACUACUUCACUGCAAGGAUAACCUAUAAGGCAAUGUUGAGCCUACUUUGUACACACCAGAGGUUUGUUCCCAACUUUACCUGUGGUUUGAAGAAAAAGUUUAUUGCUGCCAUUGGAGGACGUUUGACAGAAGCUUCAUCCAUCAUGGCCACUGUGCUUGCCAACUACAAGAUUCCACAGCUUGCCUAUGGAACAUUUACACCCAUACACGAUGACAAAAAUAUAUUUCCAUUCUUGUACCAGAUGGUCCCAAAUGAAGUCCAUCAAUAUACUGGGGUUAUCCGAUUACUUCAGCAUUUUGGAUGGACGUGGAUUGGGCUCUUGGCUGUGGAUGAUGACUAUGGGGAUAUGUUUUUGCAGAAAAUUGUACCGUUGCUUUCCCAAAACAACAUUUGUUAUGCUUUCAUACUUAGAACACCAAAGCGGACAUAUGUAGAUGAAUAUAUACACUUGAUUUCAGUGGAGUUGAGAUAUGAUCAACUCUUUAUGGAACAUAAAGUCAAUGUGUACUUAAUCUAUGGAGCACCUCCAUCUCUGCAAAAUCUGAGAGUGAUAAUCCUUCUAGCAUCUUUUACUUCAUUGCCACCUUUGUGCAAAGUGUGGAUUGUUACAACCCAUUAGAAUUUUGAAUCAUUGUCUAUGCAGAAGCUUUGGGAUAUACAGAGUUUCCAUGGUGCUCUUUCAUUCACAAUUCGCUCCAAAGAACCACCUGGAUUCCAAGAAUUUGUUCACACUGUAAGGCCAUCCUGGUCAAAAGAAGACAAUUUUAUUCAGAAUUUUUGGGAGCAGGCAUUUGACUGCCCAUUACACUUGUCCAGUGUAAAUGAAGAUAACAAAUUAUUGUGCACUGGGGAUGAGAAGUUAGAGAGUCUACCUAGUACUUUUUUUGAAAUGAACAUGAAUGGCCACAGUUACAAUGUCUAUAAUGCAGUCUACAUCAUGGCAUAUUCUUUGCAUGUCUUACUCAAGUCCAGAUCCAGACAUAUAAGUUUAAUGGGAACAGAGCAAUUGAUAUUUCAUAAUUUAAAACCGUGGCAGUUUCAUUCUUUGUUGAAAAGCAUCAUAUUCAACAACAGUAUGGGAGACACUAUCAGUUUUGAUGAAAACAGAGAAUUAAUUACGGGUUUUGAUGUUGUAAACUGGAUCACUUUCCCCAAUAAUUCCUUUACUCGAGUCAAAGUGGGAACAUUGGAACCUCAGGCUCCACCAAGCAGAGAAUUAACCCUUAAUGACAAUCAAAUUGUAUGGCACAGAAGCUUUAAUCAGGUGCUGCCUCUCUCUGUGUGCAAUGACCACUGCUAUCCAGGCUACAGCAGAAAGAAGAAGGAGGGAGAGAAAUUUUGCUGCUACGUUUGCGCACCAUGUCCAGAAGGGCAGAUCUCUGACAAAAUAGAUAUGGAUGCCUGCAUGAAAUGUCCAGAAGAUCAGUAUCCCAACAAGAUCCACAACCAAUGUAUUCCCAAGGUAUCUACCUAUCUCUCCUAUGAAGAACCUUUGGGAAUCCUCUUUAUUAUAUUGACUAUUUUUUUCUCUUUGAUUACAACCUUUGUGCUUGGAAUCUUUUGGAUGCAUCUGGAGACUCCUAUAGUCCGAGCCAAUAACUGGAGCCUCACUUGUAUCCUCCUCCUCUCCCUUCUUCUCUGCUUCCUCUGCUCCUUCCUCUUCAUCGGAAGGCCUCAGAAGAUGACCUGCCUUCUCCGGCAAACAACUUAUGGCAUCAUCUUCUCAGUGGCCCUUUCGUCUGUAUUGGCCAAAACCAUGACUGUGAUUCUGGCAUUCAUGGCAACCAAGCCAGGCUCUGGAAUGAGGAAAUGGGUAGGGAAAGGACUGACCAAUUCUAUUGUCCUUUUGGGUUCCUUCAUGCAGGUGGGAAUUUGCAUAGUGUGGCUGAGUACCUCUCCUCCUUUCCCAGAUACAGACUUGCACUCACGGAAGAGGGAAAUCAUACUGGAAUGUAACGAGGGCUCAGUGGUCAUGUUUUACUGUGUCCUGGGUUACAUGGGUUUCCUGGCUAGUGUCAGCUUUCAUAUGGCUUUCCAAGCCAGGAAGUUGCCCAACAGUUUCAAUGAGGCCAAGUUUAUCACUUUCAGCAUGUUGGUCUUUUGCAGCGUUUGGCUGUCAUUUGUUCCAACCUACCUGAGCACCAAAGGAAAGUACAUGGUAGCUGUGGAGAUCUUCUCUAUCUUAUCCUCCAGUGCUGGCUUACUGGGAUGUAUAUUUUCCCCCAAAUGCUAUAUCAUUUUAUUGAGGCCUGAGAUGAACAAGAAGGAACAUUUAAUAAGGAAAGAAAAUUAA